AUGACAGAAAAAAAUUACAGAUUAGAUCCGAUCUUUCAAUUAUAUGAUCCAAUUCGUUAUUCGUUUAAUAAGAAAAAAGAGGAAUACAUUAUCAUAUCACCAACCGUAGGCUCUAGAUCCCAACUAAAUGAUUGGGGUAGGGUCACUUUCGAGAUUAAUUCAUUAUCGAAUCAGUUGCUUCUGUCUGAUGCCUAUUUCAGAUGCGAUUUCAAAAUCAAAGACGGAACUCCUAAUCAGACUCAUCAACCCCCACAAACAAACACAACGUUAGAAAACAAUUUCUCCCCAUCUUUAUUUACUGAAAUGGUUUUGGAAGCUAGUUCAAAUCCUAUAGAAACCAUCAAACAUCCCGGAGAAUUUGACACAAUGAUGAAAACAGUUCUAUAUCCCAAAAAGUACGAUUCAGUCUCAGGUUGGAUACCCGAUGUUCGUGAUGGAAGUGUUUUAAGAGAACAGGUAAGAAAUGUCCCAAAUGAUGCAAAUGAAGAUAGAAUGAGAGCUAUUGCUCGAAACACAAUAGAAAGAGUGGGACGAGCAGCUAAUCAUGGAUUCGAAAAACGAGUACUUCAGUAUAACAAUGUUGUUGAGAAUAAUAGGUGGGAUAAUUACGUAAAUUGGAAGUUAUAUCCAUUAUUCGGUCUGUUGGAACACAGAAAAGUUUCCAUAGGGUUACCAUAUAAAAUUCAUCUACAAAGAGAAAUCAGUGAUGAUAAGAUAUUCUUUGGAGAGAAUGCUUCAGAUGCAAAAUUAGAAAUAACGAAUCUCCAACUUUACAUACCCGUAAUAACACCAUCAAUUGAAGUAGAAACGAGAAUAUUCAACUCAUUAACAAAAGAUCUUGAAAUAGCCUUUCUUCGUCGUAACACGAACUUACCAGAUUCUCAAACGAAAAACAAUAAUAUCUUUAGAUUAGCAAUGAAUCAAACUCAAGAUCCUAUAAUCCGUAAAGUUCAAGUAAGAUUAAACAAUGAUAGUUAUCCUUACCAACCAUUAACAAUUAAUCCAUCCACGAAGGAUUAUAAUGAAUUGUAUAGAAACUAA